AUGUCAGUCACUAUUAGACCAAUUGAAAAGAAGGAUAAAGAAGUAUGGUUACAUCUUUGGGCUGGUCCUGGAGGUUAUCUUGAGUUCUAUAAAUCAAAACUACCUGAAGCUGUAAGUAACAACACUUUUGAACGUUUCUUUGAUGAAUCUGAACCUGUUUGGUGUGGGGUUGCUGUCGACGACAAAACUGGUAAAGUUAUUGGGUUUGCUACUUACUUAUCCCACAGAACAACUUGGGCAAUUGAAGACUAUGUUUAUUUAAAUGAUUUGUUUGUUAGCGCAGAUUGCAGAUUACAUGGAGUUGGUCGUAAGCUCAUAGAGUAUGUGUAUGCUGAGGCUGAUAAGCUUGGUGCUUGCAGAGUUUACUGGCACACUCAAUUUGAAAACCAUAGAGCCCAAAUGUUAUAUACUAAGGUUGGAUUCAAGAGUGGUUUCUUGACUUACCAAAGACCAAAUUCCAAGUAG